ACGGUCGCAGAGGAAGGAGGACCCAGCCAGAAGGAGGACCUAGAAGGAGGACUCAGAGCUGACACUGACACAGCAGCUCUCACACAGCCUCUGGGCCACCCGACACACACCUACACCUGCCUGUGACUCCAGCAGAGCCCUCACUCCUGUGACAGAGGAGCACCUUGGCUGGGAAAGGCAGUUGACUUUGUUGCCAGGGAAAUGCAUGUGAGACCGCAGAGGGAGUGAGCUGAGGCCGGAGGAGCAGAGAGGACCAUCCCAUAACUUCUCCAGCCGACAGACAAUUCAGAAGUCAAGGACAGACGAAGAAGGGCCGGCGAGUCCGAAGGAGACUUGAACCAAGAAGACGAGUCGACUUUUACUCCCGAAGAUGGAACGGUCGCCGCAGAUUUGGCACAUGCAGCUCGGCUCCCAGGGCGCGGCUGGGGAGCUGAAGAAGAAGGUGUCGGUCAUGAGCCAGCCGGAGUGCUCCAUCUGCUACAACACCUACGACAAUGUCUUCAAAACGCCCAAGGUGCUCGAGUGCACCCACACCUUCUGCCUGGAGUGCCUCUCCCGCCUCAUGGCCGUCUCGCUGGCCGACCAGGACGGUAACGGCGGCAGCAACCGCCUCUCCUGCCCCUUCUGCCGCCACCCCACCACGCUGACCGAGGACGGCCCUCCGGCCCUGACGACCAGCCGCGAGGUCCUCUGCAAGCUGCCCAGCCACCAGCAGCAGGAGGAGCCGGUGUGGCUGGAGGGCGAGAAACUGUGCUAUAAAAGCGCCGACUCGGGCGCCCCCGAGAGCUCCAAGGCCUUCUGCAUCUGCAUCGACAUCGGGGCCGACAAGACGGUGGACGCUCCGAUCCAGACGCAGCCCAGAACUUUUGGCCUGCUGAACCGGCUGGCGGACUGGAAGAGGAUGGUGCUCUUCAUCGUGCUCAUGGUGCUGAUCGUUGUCGUCAUGCUGUGGCCGUUGCAGUGCGUGUUCAGCACGGGGAACAUGCGCUGCAUGCAGGACCGUGUGGAACCCCGGCCCACCAUGAUACCCACCACUGCGUUGCGCCUGCUCACCAGAUCCCCCCCACCCCCGGUCUGACGGAGUAAACUCAGACUGACUGGACUUCAAUGUCACUGUACAUAACUUUGACAUUUUAUGUGCAUUCUAUUUCUAUCUAAGGGUAGGUUGUAAUCGCCACGGACAACU